AUUUCAAAAUCUUACCUCAAAACACUCCAUCAAAUUGCAUCUGUCACCAAACGAUGGAUACACUUCCAGAUCUACCGGAUUCUGCUGUCAUUUCAUGCUUGUAAAGCUUCCCGAGGAUUUUGUUUGUAUAACUCAGGCCUCAGUCGCUGAUCCAUGGAGUUCACUGACUCUUACAAGCAAACAGGCCCCUGUUGUUUCUCACCCAACGCUCGCUUCAUAGCCGUUGCCGUCGAUUAUCGCCUCGUAAUUCGGGAUACUCUGUCUUUCAAGGUUGUGCAGUUGUUCUCCUGCUUAGACAAGAUUAGCUAUAUUGAAUGGGCCCUUGAUUCUGAAUAUAUUCUUUGUGGUCUGUAUAAAAGGCCGAUGAUACAAGCUUGGUCACUAACCCAGCCAGAAUGGACAUGCAAAAUAGAUGAAGGUCCAGCAGGUAUUGCAUAUGCUAGAUGGAGCCCAGAUAGCCGCCACAUACUCACCACAACAGAUUUCCAAUUGCAGUUAACAGUUUGGUCAUUGGUAAACACUGCUUGUGUGCAUGUGCAAUGGCCCAAACAUGCUUCUAGGGGAGUCUCUUUCACUCGAGAUGGAAAAUUUGCUGCAAUUUGCACUAGGCGUGAUUGCAAGGACUAUAUCAAUCUAUUAUCUUGUCACACAUGGGAGAUAAUGGGCAUUUUUGCCGUUGACACUCAAGACUUGGCUGAUAUUGAAUGGUCACCUGAUGAUAGUUCUGUUGUGAUUUGGGAUUCACCACUUGAAUACAAGGUUCUAAUCUAUUCUCCCGACGGAAGGUGCCUUCUCAAGUAUCAACCAUAUGAAAGUGGAUUAGGAGUUAAAAGUGUCUCAUGGUCUCCUUGUGGUCAGUUUCUGGCAGUGGGUAGUUAUGACCAGAUGUUGCGAGUUCUGAAUCAUCUGACUUGGAAGACAUUUGCUGAGCUGAUGCACCUAUCUACAGUCCGUGGUCCUUGUUUUGCUACUGUUUUCAAGGAGGUAGAUGAGCCUCUGCAACUUGAUAUGUCUGAAUUAUGCCUGAGCGAUGAUUUUUCUCAAGGAAAUGAUGCAAAUGUACCAGAAGCACCCUUCAGAGUGAGGUACGAGGUUAUGGAAGUACCUAUCAAUUUACCAUUCCAGAAGCCUCCUGCAGACAAACCAAAUCCCAAACAAGGAAUUGGUCUUUUGUCUUGGAGCAAUGACAGCCAAUAUAUUUGUACACGAAACGAUAGCAUGCCUACGACACUAUGGAUAUGGGAUAUUCGACAUCUUGAGCUUGCUGCAAUCCUAGUGCAGAAAGAUCCCAUCAAAGCUGCAGCAUGGGAUCCAACAUGCACUCGUCUUGUUCUUUGCACUUCAAGCUCACACUUCUACAUGUGGACUCCUUCUGGUGCUUAUUGUGCUCAUGUUCCUUUACCACAGUUCACAGUAACAGACCUGAAAUGGAAUUCGGAUGGAAGCUGCUUACUCCUUAAGGACAAAGAAUCAUUUUGCUGUGCUGCUGUACCCUUAUUGCCAGAGGAGUCUAGUGAAUACAGCUCAGAUGAUUGAUGCUUCCAAGAGAAGAAAACAAAUUAACGGUAAACAUGAGCAGCUCGCUUUAUUUCUUUACAUUUGGAAUUUGGAAUUUGGGCUGAGAUUUAGUCUGUAUGUGGGCUCUACGGCUUAGUUUAGAUGGAAAGAAAAGUGGGAAGAAAAUAAAGAAGAAAGAAAACUAAGAGAAGAAAUUUCUAAAAUUAGUAAUUUUUUUUUUAUUAUUUUACUAUUUUUAGGAGUUUUCUUUCUUAGUUUGCUUUUUUUCUUAUUUUACUCUCCAUCCAAAGGAAGGGUGCAUGUAAAAAAACGAAUUUGAGCCGUUAAUAUAUGUGAGCCUGUUUGUUUAGGUGGGGCAAUCAUGCAUAACAAUGUUGUAGGAGUCUUUUUGGUGUAUUUGUAAUUGUAAAGUGUAUUUAAUAGCCAACUCACUCCGUUCUUGUGGGAGUACAUGUUAUUUAGCUGAACCAGACACGUUUUCUAUGCUUAUAUGGAGAUUUAAGUAUGCCAUGCUAUUCAUGUCUUAUGAAGAGCAUGCUUUUCUUAUUGAAACUAUAAUGUAAAUUUUUUGGAA